CCAGGUGCCUGUGCCCUACCCAAGCCGUCUCCUUGAGGUUCUCUGACAGUCCUUAGCCAGGUGGGGCAGACAUGACUGUCCCCCUGCCUUGUACCCCAUCCACCCUCCAGCUAUCCCCUGGGCUCCAGCCCCCAUCCUGUGCUCCUGACCCUACCAGUCAUCCACUCUGGGGAUGGGACCCUCCCUAUACUGGGGGGGGGGGGCAGCACUGUGUGUGCUGGGGUCGCUUGGCUGGGCAGGAAAUGGGCAGGGACUGGGGAGAGCAGCAGGGCUCACGGGGUCCCAUUCCACGUGCGGCAUCAAUGAGUUUGGUGGGUGUGGUUGUCGUUCAGUGGCUCAGGCAUCAGUGGGGCGCAGGGUGGUGGGUACCCCAGGGCAGGAGGGCAAGGCGUCUUGUCAGCGCUGCAGCUGGCACAGAGCCAAGAGGAGCCCAGCUCCGGGACAGGUGGCCGGCGGUGCAGGGCGCUGGCUGUCUGCCCCGCCCCCGCCCUAGGUGCAGGACUGGCCUUGGAACAGGAACUGCCGGCACUCAGGCCGGAGAUUUAGUAUUUGUGCAGGCGCGGCGGAGACCCGCUGGCUCCGCGGACGCACAAGCAGCGGGCUCCUCGCGCUGCCCCAUGCGGAGGCCCUCCUUCCCGUCGCGGCGGCCGCCGCCGCCGAUGCUGCUGUUGCUGCUGUCGCCGUGGCCGGUCUGGGCCGAGUCGUCCACCGCGGCGGCCACCUCGGGAACCCCAGGCACCCUGGACUGCCCCGAGGCAUGCGCGCGCGCGCCGGGCGGCCUGGUCAACUGCUCGGGGCGCGCUCUGCCCGCCGUGCCCGCGGGCCUGAGCCGGGGCGUGCGCGCGCUGCUGCUGGACCACAACCGUGUGCGCGCGCUGCCGCCCGGCGCCUUCGUGGGCGCCGGCACGCUGCUGCGCCUGGAUCUGCGCGAGAACGGGCUGCGCUGGGUGCACGCGCGGGCCUUCUGGAGCUUGGGCGCGCUGCAGCAGCUCGACCUCAGCGACAACUUGCUGGAGGCGCUGGCGCCCGGCACCUUCUCGCCCCUGCGCGCGCUGCGCUCCCUGUCGCUGGCAGGCAAUCGGCUGGCGCGCCUGGAGCCCGCGGCGCUGGGCGCGCUCCCGCUGCUGCGCGCGCUCAGCCUGCGGGACAACCAGCUGUCCGCGCUCGCGCCGGGCCUGCUGGCCGGCCUGCCCGCGCUCCACGCGCUGCACCUGCGCGGCAACCCCUGGACCUGCGGCUGCGCGCUGCGCCAGCUCUGCUCCUGGCUGCGCAGGCACCCGCGGCCCGCGCCAGAGGCCGAGACGCUGCUCUGCGUGUUGCCGGGGCGCCAGGCGCUCAGCCCCUUAACCGCCUUCACGGACGCCGCCUUCAGCCACUGCUCGCAGCCCCUCGGCCCGUGGGACCUGGCCGUGGUCUACGUGCUCGGGCCCGUCUCCUUCCUCGCCAGCCUCGCCGCCUGCCUGGCGCUGGGCUCCGCGCUCACCGCCUGCCGCACGCGGCGCUCCCGCGCGGGUGUUCUCAGCCGCCUGAGACCGAGCGCCCGGGACCCGGGGUCCCCCGCCGCCUCUGCUCGGGCCUGA